GUAGAGUCAGGAGGAGAGGAGCGGAACUCAGAUCAGCUGGGCACUUGGCCAUCAAAUGGGUUGUGGAGGAGGAUAGGGCAUUGGUUUUUGGGGGAGUGCUGGAAUGUUUUAAUCCUCAGUAGAGGUGUGAGCUUGCUUACCUGGAAUGUCUGAUCUCCCCACAAGCUGGGGGAGAGGGUGUUAGUUAAAGGUCUUGAUGGUUUGUGCUCUAAUGGUUGUUGGGUGUCUAGCACAAUGGGCAACAACACACAGUGGCAACCCAGCUCAGUCUCACAGACAGCUUUUACAUGGGUGGCCUUGUUAUGACAUCAUUUUGUGUAGUGCAGGCAAGCCACCAGAAGGCUGCACAAAGGGCCUGGAUUUUGAUAGAGCAUUUGCCUGCAGCCUGUGUCCUGGGAGCUCCCUUCCUGAUGAAAUUAUCCUGUGACUAACUUUGGUUAUUCUCCCUCACCUCAGUUAUUUUUCCUGUCCACUAAGGAAAAGCCGGUUGUAUUCUUUUUGUUGGCGGUGGUGGUGGCACUAGGAGUGGAACUCUGCACCUCAUGCAUGCGAGGCAGGAGUCCUAACACUUGAGGUUUGACUCCAGCCAUGAAAGUAAACUCUUAACCAUAUUUUACCCUCAUGGAAAAAACCCUGCAACUUUCUUUCCAUUCUGGGCUGCAUGGGACAGAGUAAGGAGGACUGAGCUUGUAGUUAGAUGUCAUGUCAGCUUUGACCUCAGCUGUGCAGAGACAGCUAUGUGACCAUGGGUACAUUGCCCACUUUACCUGAGCUUCAAAGUCUUUGUAAAAGAGGGGCUGCUAGAUACGCUGGAAUGUGGUCUUCAGCACUGUGUGGAUGCUUUCCUGACAUGAGGGGCUCCGGGGGGAGGAGGUGAGUGUGUAGUCCUGGUGUUUGCUGAGGUUUUAGCAUGUCUGAAAAUCUGUCACCUGCUAUUACAGGCUAAUGGAAACAAGUGGUCACAAGUGACUGUCAGGUUUGGAAAGGUAGCAGAGGGCUCAGACUUCACUAGCACUUUCCUGUCCUGUGUUCCAAGCGAGAAGAAGGCUUUGAUUGUUUACAUACAUCUUCCUCCUCUUACUUCGGGUGUUCUGCUUUUCAGAAUUAGGAUCCAACAAUUAAGAGUUUAGGGGUUCCACAUUACUCAUUUUUCAGUUGGAAUAGCUGGUUAAAGAUUGAUAAUUCAGUUCUUUAAAUUUGUUCUCUGGUGUUUUAAACCACCACUUUUUAAACACUCAGAAAGCAAGGAAUUCCUUUACUGGGCAACGAACCCCAUUUCCUUUUUUCCUUUGCUGAGCAGUAAAUCCCAUUUCCUUCCCUUUCCUUUGCUGAGCAGUAAAUUGUUUUCUUUGCUGAGUGGCGAGCCCCAUUUUCUUCCCCUUUCUCUGAUAACCAGUUCCAGAAACAGAGGAUGGCAGAACUGUGGGGCUGGAACUGCACAUCUGGAUCUGGGGUAGCAGGGAGAGAGUCACGUUGAGAGUCAUGCUGGGACAGCAGAGGCUCCAGCAGACCCAUAAGCUUCGGCCAUGGCCCUCUUAGGGCCUGCAGGUUAAGUAGAGAGCGUCAUCCCAUGAAGAUCGGAAGCCCAGUGAGGUGUGAUGCAGGCUGGUGGUUUAUGGGAACACCUACCCGUGUGCCACCAGAAAGUUGAGUGUGAGAUCAGCAGAACCCUGGAGAAAUGAGAAUGAGAGAACACUGUCUGACCCCUGAAAGGCUACACAUGGACAUGAAGGGUUUCUAGGUACCCUUAUCUUGGUUGCUUAAAGUACAAGUGCCACAGAGUUAAAAACCCAAAGAUGAGUAGAAGAUGGGAACAAAAGCAGCAGAGGACUCAUCCCUGUUGGAAGGGUCAGAAUAGGGGUUUGAUGGGUCACAGGAGGUUGCAGAGAUGGAGACCCUGUGCUUCAGCAGAGGUACCCCCCCCCCUUCGCCGAAGGCAUGUAUACAAUGUCAUAUCUGUGACGGUGAAGUGGUGCUACAGGUUGGAGUCUUUGGAAGAAAGACUAGACUAUCCUGCGGUCCUUCAAGCCUUACUGAGAUACUGUGGGUUCGUGAUAAAAUAUUCAAGCCCUGACUGUCACCAAAGAUUCUGUAGGCUGCAAGAGGGAUCAACAAAGCCCUCCUGGCUGGUGCUCUCAUUUCCCUUCUAGCAGCAUGGAAACUGAGGAGCGGUCUGCUCCUCUUUAUGGACAUGCCAGCUAGUUUUAUGCCAACUAGACACAAGCUAAAAUCAUCUGAGAGGAAGGAAUAUCAGCUAAGAAAAUGCCUCCAUAAGAUUGGGCUGUGGGCGUUUUCUUGCAUACUGAGCUUCUAGAUGAGAAGUGUGGCACACCAUGCCCCGGAGUACACUGAAUUCUGUAGUAGCAUGAGAAGCUGGUAGCCGGCUUUCAGAUGAGUCCCCACUCCUCAUGUCUCCUGCCAUGUGCUGCUUCUAAAGAGAGACCUGGUGGCCUGAGCACCAGUCACAGUUCGUAGAAUCCCACUAUGUAGGUGGCUUGUGUGUCAUAAAGCAGAGGCUGUUCCCUGAAACUGUCUCCUGAGUGGUCAUCUCUGUACCUUUUUUACCAAAUCCACAGUCAUCGCUGUCUUUUAGGGGAUGCUCUGGUAACAAAAGCAAUUUGGCACCCAAAUGUGGGAGACAUGAGUACAUAGGGUAAAGGGACUCCCUGGUUUAAAAAGCAAAACUGGGCACAGAAUGGGUAAUUUGGUGUUGGGUCAAAGAGUACCUCAAAUGCAGUUGGUAAAGUGCCUGCUAAAAGAAAGGAAUUCAAAUACAAAUGCCUGAGUUAGAGAAGUUUGGUCUGAGUUCCUACAGAUAAAUCUUUGGUUUCCUGUAGUUUUGAUCUAUAGCUAUGGCAGAGAGCUUUGAAUAAUGCACCAAGAAAAGUAAGACCGGCUUCCUUGCCUGAGCCUUUCUGACCUAUUAUUAUGGCCAUAAUUGGGUGCCUGGAUGGGGAGGGUUGCAGUUAAAGCCCUGUAGACUUUCCUAGUAGCAGAUAAAGACAAAGUCAGUGAAAGACAACAAAUCAAGAUGGCACUAAUAGAAAUUCUUGUCACAAAGGAGGACACUUCCCACAAGAAGGCCUCAGCACUCCUCCUUAUAUCCUUCCUUGAGUGCAUUGCUUGCGCACUGAACCCUAAAUGCCACCACCUUUAGAUCCUUUUUCAUGGCUUGGUGCUAGUCAAGAUGACUGCUGGCCAGAUGAGCAACACAAAGUCUCUCCUUUUCCAGGGAAAUUAAAUCCUACCCAGCAGAGACAUUUAGUACAGUAUCCAUAUGACCUUGAAACAUCCAGCAGCUAUUGGCUAUAGUGAGAAUUUUAGUCUCUUAAAAAAAAACACAGAAAUACUAUAAGAAUGUGUUUUUACUUUAAUCCCAGGUGUGGGAUAUGGGCUGCUUCAGACUGUCUGCAGCACCCGACUAUGGUUUCCCUCAGUCUCUACCGCGGCAUGAUUUUGCCAGCUGCAGAUUGUUUCUGAGCUUGUGUGACUGUGGAGUUCUGGGGACUUUUUUCAGAGGAUAUAUAAAGGCUAGGGCCCCAAGAAGGGUUGUUGGUUGGUUGCUAUUGGUCACGGUUUGUUAAGUAGUCAUGCACAAAGAAGAAACAACAACAAGAAGAAAUUAGAUACCUUGACAGCAAAGAUGAAACUCGCCCCAAGAAACUUGACAUCCCUAAUUAGCAGGAAGUAGUUACAGAUAGUAUCACCCCCUUUCCCCUCUAUCCUUUUUUUCUCUUCUCUCUAGUAUUAGGGGACUAAAAGGGCUGAGGAAAGGUGGAAGGAAAAUGAACUGACAAAGUAGCCAAAAGAACAGCUAUAGUGGGCUGCUUGUCAAAUGACAGACGUCAGUCUCGUAUGUAAUGCGCUUACUAGAAUGUAUAAACAUGAAUUUAAACAUGCCAGAGAAUUAUAAACUGCUGGUCUGAGUAUAUGAGCCCUUGGGGUUUUGUUUUGUUUUUAUUUUUUUAAUUUGGAAGGCACAUUAUUAUAAUCAAUGUGGACUUCAGGCCGUGAGAAAUGGAAAUUCAGAUGUAGCCAUGAAUGUGGAGAUGUUCUGGGGAAGGAGCAUUCUCAUCACCUGCUGAACAGGCUCCUCCUCCUGGACCUCCUCAGCAUUUUGGUCAAGUUCAUCUGUAUGCCCUAAGAACUUGGAAGACUCUGUGCUCUUCACAGGACACAGCAAAUUUCAAAGAUUUAAAGACAGGGCCUACUGAGAUUUUUACUAAAUUUCUGGCCCAAGUACAAAGUUGUGUGGAAUGGAAGUGCACAGCUAAGGUGGUGAGCGGGUGAGCGCACUGUGCCAGCUUACGAUGAGCUCAUAGUAGACUACGGAAGGUGCUAGACCCAAUAAAGAGUGGCCUCUGGAUGAUUGCGUCCUCGAAUGUCAAAACAUAGGGACUCAGGCAUAUACCGACAUUGUCUUUGCUGAAGCUCUUGCAGCUAAUUACUGUCUAAUUAGGGGUCUUUGUUUCACUUCCUGAGCCCAUAAAAAUUCAGUGGAAAACAGAUGAGCUUGUUUGGUGGAGCAAUGGCCUUGAAGAGCAACUGCAGUUGCUCAAGAAUUAGAAGACCAAAGACAUCUGAGACCUACUGACCCGACUCGGUCCCCAACUCUUUAUUUUUGUCAUUCAGAAAAAAAUCUAAAGGACAAAGGACAAUGGAAAUUAUUAUAUGACUUAACAGCCAUUAAUUUACAGUAUCAUUCUUUGUGAAAAAGCUAGCAUUUCUGGUUCUCAGGAGGACUGGCUAACCAUUAUCCUCCAUGGAAGCCCAUUUAAGUUUUAAGACGAAUCUCUGGAGAGAGCUUUUUUCCUGUUAGUUCAAACCCUAUAUCUGGACUGGACGUAAUAUUCAUUGAUGCCAGUUCCCAUGGAAGAUUGGCUUACAUAAUACUCAAUACCUAAGAGUUUAAAAUCUUGAAGACCACUCUAGGGAGAGCUUCUCUACAUCUAGAGUUGAAAAUUACACUCAAGGCCAUAAAACACAAUCUUCAGCCUUAAUUGACAGUAUUUACUGUGCUCAACUUAUUCCUAGAUUACCUGAUACUUUCAUAAGGACUAAAAUUAUGUUCUUUGAUUUUCAUAUUUUAGCUUUCUUUGAAGCUGUAUUAAAACAGCAACAGGUUCUACCUUUAUAUUGACUAUCAGGGUCCAUAAUUCUCUUCCGAGGAUGCUAAAUAAAGAAAAUGCUCUUGCUCAACACAUGAUCUUUAGUGGCCUCCCUUGGGUAGGAUGCAGUGACUGUACAAUUGCUUUUAGCAGUCUGCACAGUCCUUAAGUGCCAUUUUUUUUUCUGCUUUAACUCCUCCAAACAGAACAGAUUUUUUGUUUGGACAUAAUGCCUAUGCCCCAUUUCUCCCUUUAGGACCUUUGCAGGGUCAUUCCCCAGUGGUGUUAUGGCAAAUGGAUGUCAUGCAUAUUUGCCUUGAACAGUCAGCAUAAAUGUUUGUGUCAGGUAGACAUUUCCCUCUUCUUAUGAUGGAGGAGAAGGUCUCUCAUGGCAUUUCUCACUAGAAUGUUUUCUGAUGGCAGGAGUGGCCCUGCUCACCUCUCUUUUUCACCUUUAAACACUUUUGUCUCCAAUGGAAAAUUCACAUAUUAUUGGGAUUUCCUAUAAUCCCAAGGCCAAACUGUAGUGGAGAGCACACACACACACACACACUACUCAGAGAACAGAUAGAUGGGGGAGGUAUGGGUCUGAAUAAGGCUCCACCCUUAACAUCUUAUUAACAUGGCAUUACUUACUUUAAAUUUUUAAAAAAGCAGAUGACAAGGGAAAUACUGUAGCUCGUAAACAUUGGGCACCUGUGUCCAUGGUGAUCUGGAAAGACUUAAUAACAGGUAAAUGCCAAUCACUAGCUCCACUCUUACCAUUGGAGAGGUUUCCCUUGUGUUUUUCCAGAAAAUGGACUGCAGCCCAUCUGUACCCCCACCCGGCUCACCAGAUCCUGUACAGCUGAGAGCAGCAAUAAAGCAAAUGGAGCAGCCACAAGUCAGCAGCAAGCACCCACCCUGCUCACGUGUCCACUACUGCACUGACUCUAACUAGUGCCAGGGCUGGAAAUUAUUGGGAAUUGGUACCUAAGCCUCCUUUUUUAUGGAGAACAAAGGACCUUGUCCUCAGCUGUUUGGUAAUGGCUCCGACCUAUUUCCUGAUAUGGGUCCUAUAAGAUAAAAUUCUAAAAUUUAGAAUGAUACUACUCCCAUCCCCGGAUACCCUCUUUUCUUUCAUAACUCUUGUAAUCUAUUCACCUAUAUUAUCUCUUUAGUUGUAAUGUAUUGUUUGGCAUGUUCACUCAUUGAUCAUGAAGCUCUGCUUUUCGGAAAGCAGAAUGAUACAGAGGGCAGAGCUGUAGGAGAAGAUUCAGGCAUGUCCCGGCAGUCAGCCUUUUUGGCACACUGCACUUCUAAAUAAGAAGUAUGGCACAGCAUGCUCUAACGUCAGAACACUAAAUUCUGCAGUAGCAAAAGUAGCCAGUAGCUUAUCUCUAUGUCCUUUACUGAUCCAUAGGCAUUGCUGUCUUGUCAGAGGAUACUCCAGUAACGACAGCAUUUUCUUAAUUGGUAAUUAGUGGGAGGAGGGCCUAGCCCAUUGUGGAUGGUGCCAUCCAUGUAAGAAAGCAGGCUGAGCAGGGCCUGGAGAGCACGGUGCUGCUAACUGGCCUCUGUACCAGCUCCUGACUCCAGGUUCCUGUUCGAGUUCCUGUUCUCACUGCUUUAGCUGCUGAACUGUGAUAAGGAACUGGGAGUGGAAUAAACUCUUCCCUCCCCAAGUUGUUUUGGUCAUGGUGUCUCAUCACAGCAAUAGCAACCGUAAGAAACUAAUUGCCAUCUGCUAACAUGCUGAUUCCUUUGCACUGUUGAUGGGAAGGCUCCCUGGAUUGAGAACUUUGUGAAUGAAAGACUCUAGGCUACUUCAGUAUCUAUGAUGGGAAGUAUCCUAGCAACUUCUCAGACCUUUCCCUUUCUGAGUGGAAUGAGAAUCCAGAUCUAGCUACCAUGCAGAUUAGACAAGAGAUGUCAUUGUGGGUGUCCCGUCUAUGGGCCUGGGGAGCAGAGAGUAAUGACACUGUUCUAUGUGUAGCAGAUGUCCACUGGCUGGAGUUGCAGUAUAGACGCCAGAGGAGGAGUGGUGCUGUGCAUCGUUUAUGCUAUGUGGAUCAUGCCCUCCUGCGCCAAGCCUUCCAGAGGUCCUUCACUCUUACCUCAUGUCUCCAGGCCAGCUCUGGGCACCCAAGAAGUGUUCCUUUCCAGAACUGUGAAGUUACUCAUCUGGCCAUAAAAUCCCAUCAGACUACAGUAGUGAUGUUUUAUUCACUAUGACACCACUCUGCCUUACAGCCCUUGGCACACCACGGAUGUUUAUUAAAUAUUUGUGGGUGGCAAGAAGGGGUUGCCAGAACAUCCGAUGCUGAGAAUUAGGAAUGCAUCACGCUCUAUUUGGAGCUGGCUGGCUAGUGUCGGAGGCAGACACAGCUCAUUUCAAGAUUCCAGAACCAUGCAGGCAGGGCCUCUGGAGGUCACCUAAGCUGCUUCUCUCUCCUUGCCUGAGUAGACAAGAUGAAGAAAUAGCCAGAAAAGAACUUAGAUCCCUGUCAUGCAGCUGAUGGGAGGAGCCCAGCCCGCAGUAUGAACCUCUGGGACACAGGGUGCAUAGAUUCUCUGUGUUCACCCCACCCUCCAGAGUCAGAAAUGCAGAGACCUGUCUAUAUCACAUGCUUUGGGGCAGAGCCAGAUCUGUGACGUUCCUCUGUGGAAUAUGGUGGAAGAGAGGGCCAAGAGAACAGAGGGGCUUGAACACAAAGUUGAAGGCCUUUUAUUCAGUAUGGUCAAGACCUGCAGAGCUGUAAUUAAGUCCCUCCCACCCCCAAGCCCAUCCAUCAUUCCUUGUGUCUUCCAAGCCAGCAGGAAAGGUGCUACAGCUUGGAGGCAUCCUUUAUAUCAGUAUUGGGUCAGACACUUGAGUUCCAAAGCUUGGACUUGCCAGGAAGGAUGUUGCCAGCCUUCUGCUGACAGAUGCUUUCCUCUUUCAGGGAUGAGAGAGGGCAGAUGUGGUUCUUGAGCCUUCAUUAUGAGGGUAACGUGUCAAGUUGUCUUAGCAUACAGAUCUGGAGUUCCUGGGAUAAAGCUACAUUGGGAUACAGUAGAAACAGGGGUCGGGAACUACAAACGGACUGUGAAGCGGAUUGAUGAUGGCCACCGCCUGUGUGGUGACCUCAUGAACUGUUUGCACGAGCGGGCACGUAUCGAGAAGGCAUAUGCACAGCAGCUCACUGAGUGGGCCCGACGCUGGAGACAGCUUGUAGAGAAGGGACCACAGUAUGGGACCGUGGAGAAGGCCUGGAUGGCUGUCAUGUCUGAGGCAGAGAGAGUGAGCGAGCUACACCUGGAAGUGAAGGCAUCACUGAUGAACGAAGACUUUGAGAAGAUCAAGAACUGGCAGAAGGAAGCCUUUCACAAGCAGAUGAUGGGAGGCUUCAAGGAGACCAAGGAAGCAGAGGAUGGCUUUCGGAAGGCCCAGAAGCCCUGGGCCAAGAAGCUGAAAGAGGUGGAUGCGGCAAAGAAAGCACACCACACAGCGUGCAAAGAGGAGAAGCUGGCCGUCUCCCGGGAAGCCAACAGCAAAGCAGAUCCAUCCCUCAACCCUGAGCAGCUGAAGAAAUUGCAAGACAAGAUAGAAAAGUGCAAGCAGGACGUUCUAAAGACCAAGGACAAGUAUGAGAAGGCCCUGAAGGAGCUUGACCAGACUACACCGCAGUACAUGGAGAACAUGGAGCAGGUGUUCGAGCAGUGCCAGCAGUUUGAAGAGAAGCGCCUGCGCUUCUUCCGAGAGGUUCUGCUGGAGGUUCAGAAGCACUUGGACCUGUCCAAUGUGGCUAGCUACAAAGGCAUUUACCGGGAGCUGGAGCAGAGCAUCAAAGCAGCUGAUGCUGUGGAGGACCUGAGGUGGUUCCGAGCUAACCAUGGGCCAGGCAUGGCUAUGAACUGGCCACAGUUUGAGGAGUGGUCUGCAGAUCUGAAUCGAACUCUCAGCCGAAGAGAGAAGAAGAAGGCUGCUGAUGGUGUCACCCUAACAGGAAUCAACCAGACAGGUGACCAGUCUGGACAGAACAAGCCUAGCAGCAACCUUAGUGUCCCGAGCAACCCCGCCCAGUCCACGCAGUUACAGUCCAGCUACAACCCCUUCGAGGACGAGGACGACACGGGCAGCAGCGUCAGUGAGAAGGAGGACAUUAAGGCCAAAAAUGUCAGCAGCUAUGAGAAGACUCAGAAUUACCCCGCUGACUGGUCUGAUGAUGAGUCUAACAACCCUUUCUCCUCCACGGAUGCCAAUGGGGACUCUAACCCGUUUGACGAGGACACUACCUCAGGAACAGAAGUGCGAGUUCGAGCCCUCUAUGACUAUGAGGGACAAGAACACGAUGAGCUGAGCUUCAAGGCUGGGGAUGAGCUGACCAAGAUAGAGGAUGAAGAUGAACAGGGUUGGUGCAAGGGACGUUUAGACAGUGGCCAGGUUGGCCUAUACCCAGCCAACUAUGUCGAGGCUAUCCAGUGACAGUCCAUGGGCAGGCUGGCGGAGAGAUGGACACGGGCAGUUCAGGAGCUCCGUUAGCCUUGACCUGGGCAGUGACACCUCUAGUGCCCCAGCAGCCAUGUAGGCAUCCACUCCCCCUGCAAAAGACGAUGGCUCUGCUGUCCUUGGCUUCCUGGUGUGCUGUGAAGGCAGAUGAGCUGGUGAUCUCACUGCACACUUGGCCCCUUUCCAAGCACAUCUGGGCAGAUCUGGGCACAGGAAGAUACGGUCCAACAGCGAGCCAGGUCCCUCCCACCCUCCAGCUCUCUAUCAUGGAUCUGCACCUUCUUGCCCUUCUCUCUCCUGAGUCAAUGACGGAUCAUACUGAUUCUGGUUCCAUUGAUUAUUUUCUCUGAUGAGGCCCUACCUGCAAGUUCAGUGAACAUUUCUUACGUGCCAUUUCUGAGUAAAGAGUUUGAGGUUUUAAUUUAAAGGCAAUGUACAGUUAUACUUUUUUAUAUGCUCUUCCAGUCAGUUAAAUUAUGGCCUACACUGAUCUGAGAUGUUCUUCUCCACGUGAGCUGUCUUCAUUUCUCUGUGCUGUGUCCAGAUUGGGGUUGCUACAGCAGGGGUUCACUGGCAAGUGCCAGUUGCAGGAGUAACCUGUGCAAUGUCCCCAACACUUCCAUAUUUAGAAAGUAUUUUCACUCUAUCCAUGCUUCAGUUUUUGCAGAUUAACAGUUUUAUUAGUGAUUUGGAAAGUUAACAGUGAGAAGACUAACUUUUCACAACAGCUGCCUCUGUAGACUGAGGUGCUUUACAUUAGACCGUCGUGUCUCCUGUAUGUCUGUAUAUAUUAUUUGAUACUGAGAGUCUCUAGAGUUCACCCUCUGCUGAAUGAGAGCUGGUGGCUUCUGAUAGCAGAUCCUGCCAACUGCUUGAAGCCCACGACAUUGAAGUCCAGGCAUGGCUGGCUAACAGCCCCACCCAGUUAAGAUGUGGCUCUAACCUCAGAGUGGAGAUACUGGGGAGACUGAUUCCACUGGUCAGGGCCCAAGCUUUGUGACAGCACUGGAAAAGCUCCUAGGAUUUUGUAGUAGUCACAGGCUUCACAGUCCCUGUGUCACUCACUGGAGAGUUGGAGGGGUUCAACUCCCCCCCCCCCCCGAAACACACACACACACACACACACACACACACACACACACACACACACACACACACGUGUUCCUCCAAUUGCCCUGUCCUCAGGUGCAGUGGGACUGUUAUGAGCCCCAGGGAUGGGCACAAAGAGGACUUUUAUUUUGUUAGCUCGGACAGUGUGCAAUGGUGCACAUCACAACUUGUGUUUCUUCAGUGUUUGGCACGAGCGCUGUUUUGCUGUGGCUGUGUCAUGAGAACUUACCAGCAGAAAUCCUUGUUCCUAAGCUACAGAAUGACCAAACGCUGUCAAGAACUUAAUGUUUGGAAACUCCUUUAAAUGUAUAGUAUUUUAGAACAACAACAACAAAACUCAAUAAACAGUUGAUCUGUGUA